AUGAAUGUAGAGAUUAAAAUGGUGGCUUUCUUCUUGGCCUGCAGUGAGUUCUUCCUGGGGACUUGGGUGAAUGGCUCCACUAUACUGCUGUUCUGUCUUACCUGGGUCAAGAGCAGGAAAAUUUCUUUUCCUGACUUCAUCAUGCUGAACUUAACUCUCUCCAGGAUCAUCCUGCAAGGGAUACUAAUACUUGAUUCUGUUUUAGUCGCAUUUUAUCCCCAUUUACAUGAAGGAGGUAUAGUCAUGCAAAUUAUCGAUAUUUUCUGGACAUUCUUCAAUAACUUAAGCACCUGUCUGAUGGCCUGCCUCAGUGUCCUAUACUGUCUAAAGAUUGCCAACUUCUCUCACCAUGUCUUCCUCUGGCUCAAGUGGAGAGUUUCCCGGGUGAUGGUCUGGAUUCUGCUUGGUUCUGGGCUCUACUCCUUCUUCAGCAUAAUGGCACUCCUUGUGAAAUUCAGUUUUUAUUCUAAUAGGAAUCUCUCAGAAAAUAACACUGCAGUUUUCAAAAGAAAGAAAACUGAAUAUUAUGUCCUACAUGUUCUUGGGGCUCUCUGGUCAGUCAUUCCCUUCUCCGUGUGCUUGGUCUCUUCUGGUCUGCUCAUCCUCUCCCUGAUGAGACAUACCCAGCAGAUGCAGCAGUAUACCCCUGGCACGAGGGACCUGAGCACCAGGGCCCACAUAAAAGCCACCAAAAUUAUCUUCUUCUCUCUCUUGCUCUUCACUGGAUACAUUUUUGCUCUCUUUCUUGGUAUGUCUAGUCAUUUCUUUCCAAACCCCAAACUGGCAGGGUUAACAGGGGCUCUGAUUUUCGCUGCUUAUCCCUCUUUUCAAACUUUUAUUCUAAUCCUAGAGAACCAGAAGCUAAAGCAGGCAUUCCUUGAGAUGUUCCAUAUCAAAAAGUGGAGGCUAAAAUUUUAG